CAACUGGAAAUCAUGAAGUUCACACACCUACAGCACUGUACAUACUCACGGCCACCCAUAGGUGCUUUCUUUGAGGUCGGGGUUUGAGGUCACUUAGGCCCCCUUACGGCGGAGGGUUCGGGAACAUUUCUCGCAAAGAAAGCGGUGCAGACGCAGUCAUUGGGCGAACUUCAGCUCUGCUCAGUGCAACUGAACUUCUCGAUUCCCAUCCCACCAUGGCAUCUCGUUCGCGCACGACGGCGGCGGUGACCACAACGACGUUCUCAAUAUGCCAGCAAUGUCUGCGAACGGGCGCGCUGGCGCUAGGAAGAACACCGGGAGGAAUUCGAGGGUUUGCUUCAGCAGUUGACCGCCGUGCGCCGGCAAGUCGAACAGCUCGAACUCGAGUAUCACGAACACAAACGACCCCAUCGGUCCAGAUACGCGCCUCAUUUUUUUCUACCAGCUCACGGUUGAGAGCGGCGGCGAAAGACGAUACUGGCAAACCCAUCGUCCUCGAACAACCCGACAAAUUUCGGCCGCCGUCACACCCUUCGCGAUUGAAUGCCCGACGCGUGCCGAGGGCGUAUAAUCAGGCCGCGACGACGGAGGAAAAACAACAGCAAAAGACGAGAAGGUAUCCGCAUAUGUUUCCUAAUGAGGGGACGUUUAUGCAUUGGUUCUUGACGGAUCGGAAGAUUCAUAUUUGGAUUACGAUGGGCACACUCACCAUCCUCGCCAUCAUCACCAUGACGGAAACGUUCGUCAAAACCUCUCCGUACGGCCACCUCCUCCCACCAAUCUCGUCACUCUUUUUCCACCCAAUUACCUAUUUUCGGGAGGCAUUGGCCGUCGUCCGCCUACACAUCGAGUACACGACCGAACAGGCCAACGAGUCCCGCCAACAGAAAAUUCUCGACGCCCAGAAACGCCGACUCUACCGCCGCGCCCAUGGCAUGGAGAAUCUCGAUGCUGAAGAGGAGCAAGGCAUCGAUGUCCGCGGGUUGGUGCCUUGGGACGAUGGUCUUACUAAUAAGGAGCGCGCGAGGGGUGGUCGUGAUGUCGUUUUGACGGGUAAAGAUGUCGUCGAUAUGGGUGGGAAGGUGGGUGAGGAUGUUACGAAGUUUGCGGAUAAGGUUAAGCAACAGCAGCAACAACAGCAAUUGGUCACUGCUGGAGCUGGUGCUGAUGUUGGAGCUGAUGUGGAUGAACCGGCUCCGGCUCCCCAGCAACCGCAGAGAAAGCGGAAGUUGUGGUUGGGCAUCUGGUGAGCUGAGCUGGAUUAUACUACUGUGUAUAAACAGGUGGUGAUGAAGGAUGGGGCUUGCGAGAAGUACUGUGUUUGUUUCGACAGUCCUAUCAAUCUACUCUGAUCGUAUGUCCUCUCAUCAGGAUGAUAUACUAUACUGUAUAAAAAAUCCAGCUUUUCCAAUCCCCCACUCCAAACAUUGAUCGAUUUACUCUA